AAGAAGAAUCGCAGAAAAGAAGAAUCAGGUGUUCUUCCUCAAGUUAUUAAAGUAAAAUAAUGCGUCGAGACAAAGUCUCGGUAAUGACGCAUUCUGGCAAGUAGUACCGACGGUCAGAUGUGUGGCAUGAUCCGCGUUCCUCCGUGCAAGACCGGGCUGGUAACAACAUGAUACCGUGGAUGCGGGAAAAGUUCGCCGAACGUCGCGCUCGCUGGCAACAAGCCCGCAAACAACCUCGCACAAACAACGGCGAUGGAAAUUCUAGCUGUAGCUCAGCAUCUUCUGUCGCGGAUGUUGCUUCGACCGAACCUUCAUCUUCGGGAACCGCUUCUCCGACUGCAUCGCCCGUACACACCACACGCCAGCAACGCGGCCACCGUCAGGGACAACGAGGUUCACGGACACACCAGCUAACAUCCUUGGUAUCGCAGCAGCCGUCGAAUUCUGGCGGCAGUGCGUUGUCUCCUUGGCGAUCAAGAAAGUCACGCAAUGGAACGGACGAAGAGCAGAACGUGCAACCGGGAACGGAACAGAAGCUAUCGCUGAAAAUUAUAAGUCCCCGUGGUGGCAUGGUGGAUAUAGAUGUUAGUCGUACAUUGAACGGCCGCCAGCUAAAGAUGCAUUCGUUGGAAAAGUUCGCUAGCAACGCCUUCACGAUGCCCCACUUUUCGUCGAAUCUGGACGAGCUGGCAGAUCGCUACCGAUUGAUAAGAGCGCAGAAUAAACUAGUUUUUCGUGAUGAUGAUAUUUUGUUAGGCGCUGAUGUACGCGAUUAUGAGGAGUUUCUACUCGUGGCCAAACGCAUAGAAACGCCACUGAUCGAGGAAGGCUUAAAGGGGCCUAGUUCUGCGGAAAUACUGACAGCCACGCGACACAUUUCUUUAUCACGCAUUAAUCAAGCGUCGGUUAAUUUCAAUUUUGGUAUGCUGCAGGGAGAUGAUCUUCAUCAGGACCUAAGGCGUAUCAUCAUUUCCCUAUCUAAAGCGUCAGCAUUUGUGGUCGGGUCGGGACCAUGUGCCGAGAAGCUUAUCACGUUGUUUCAACAACGGCUAAUAAACCGAAAACGACACCAGAUAAGUUCUAUCGAAACGCUGCUUGAGAUGGGAUUUUCAUUGGAUAAAAUUAAUCAGGCCUUACAAAUUACCAAAAAUGUCUUUCCGGCAGCCAUCGACUGGCUCAUUCAGCAUGAUAGUACAGCGAAGUUAUUCAACUGUGAUAGAAGCGCUUCACCCGGAGCUUCUCUUUUUGCGACAGCCAGUACUAUUCCAAACAAUUCAAACACCAACAAUCGCAGGAAAGCGUCCGACGCAGAUAAUGAUAGUGGCUCGUUGUCAACGCCUUCCUCGACUCGUGAAUCAAUCGACGAAAUCGAAGAGAAGGACCCUUUUACGAGAAAGCAAGAGAAUGUCGCAAAACUUUUAGAAAUUGUGAGAGUUUACUCGGAAAAGAGCGUCGAAGCUGAUCCCGAUCUUCUACUUUCCAUCUCGGAGAUGGGAUUUGAUGAAAGCAGUGUGCGGGAAGCUUUAGUGGCAACUCACAACAGCAAAAGUGCAGCAUGUGAAUGGUUGCUAGGAAAUCGGACAAAGAGUAUGCAAGGCCUAAAAGAUGAGCAAGCUGUAGAAUCUCCCAUCCUGCGUGUCCUGAUGGCUUCGCCGCAAGUACAAAUUAGCUUAGGAAAUCCAAGAAUGCUUAUAGCACUGAUCUCAAUGUUAGAUAAUUAUUCGACAAUGACCAUGUGGUUUACCGAUAAUGAUACCUCUUCGGUCCUGGGACACAUACUGCGCACUUAUCACGAAGAGAAACACAUCCUUGCAAUCAAUCAAUUUAACAACGCACAGCAGCAUCAGCAACAACAGCGACCAAGCGAGUCUAUUCACCGAUGAAGCUGAUUUAGAGAUAAGGUAAUGAAAUUAUUGUGAAAAAAAUGUAAAGCCUAAAACACACUCAUCAAAACGAAUCAGGGAAAUCAGAAUAAAAAGCGUUACUGAGAAGUAGAAAGGCAGCUAGGAAGAAAUGGACAUUAUCUAAAGUAUUGCCGCUAGUCUUUCGUCAGUAUUACGAUGCUGUGGAAUUGUUUCGUUCCGUUCAGCAGCAAACCUGAUGCUUUUGGUAAACAUACGCUUUCCAACGUUCACGUAGAUAUUGCACAGCGAAAGGUAACACUUCAUCUACACGGGCGCGAGAAAGCUGAAAAUGAGAUGAGAAUGAAAAAGUUGAGAAUGUCAAAUCCCAUACAAAUGGAAAUGUAAAGAUACAAGUAGGCUGUCACAAAUGUAUGGGAUUUGACAUUCUCGCCUUUUUCAUUCUCAUCUCAUUUUCAGCUUUCUCGCGCUCGUGUAGAGAGUCGGUAAGUGGCGUGAAGAAGAGCAAACACAUAAAUGAAUAAACCAAACUGCCAUCGCUUAUUGUUGACUUGGGUAAUAGAGUAGCGUAGUUUUAACUGAUAGAUUUGGCCCGGACUUGCGGUAUUACUGAGCAAAAGAUCGAUUAAUGAAGUUAUAUGCAGGAUAUGUUUAUUUCCAUAUACACCUAAUUAUUGCAGCUGGGGUUUGAUCCAAGUAGUUGCGUUUGUUGGAGUAAGACACAAUCAUUCAUGGUAGCUUCAGAGUGGUCAGCAAAGGAAAAACGAAUAUGAAACAAACGAUGCACCGUAUGAUUAAUUAAAAGCCAAAGAAGCAUUGUAACGGCAAAUUAUAUUUUACAGAGUAUGACAAAGACUUGUGAUUUGAAGGAAGGAAGCAAUACCUUCCAUGCAUGAUACGCA